UUACAGAUUCUCAGUCCGUAAACAACCCCAAAUCGCAAUGUCAGAUCAACCCUCAAUACCAGUUGGUAACCCCAAUGUGACGUAAGCGGAAUUUUUCGUGCGUGGUUUCCGUAAUUUUCCUUUUUUUUCUUAUUAAUACUCCUCUAUCUAACAUGGUUUCUAACACUCGCGGUAACCAUGUGUUGGUUUGGGAGCAGCCGGGCUUAGAAGAUCAAAGGCCGAAGGUGUAUAAAGGUGGCUUGGGAACUCGGCACUGGGUGACGUUCAUGCUGUUCUUAGGGAUGGCUAACGCUUACGUCAUGAGGACAAAUAUGUCGGUUGCUAUCGUUGCUAUGGUCAACCACACCGCACUGCCCGUUAGCCACGAAGCUAUGGACACCGAGUGUGGUGACGUCAGCCCUAAUUCCACGAAGGAAGUCUUACAACAAGACGGCGAGUUUGUGUGGAGUUCUCCCCUCCAGGGCUACAUCCUUUCUUCUUUCUUCUAUGGCUACGUAAUCACACAGAUACCCUUCGGUAUUCUCUCAAAGAGGUACGGAGCUCGUCUCUUCCUUGGAGUAGGAAUGUUGAUCAACUCUGUGUUCGGUCUUUUAGUGCCGGUUGCAGCCAAAGCUGGUUAUCCUUGGCUUAUUCUCGUGCGAUUCAUUCAAGGACUAGGAGAGGGACCAAUAGUGCCGUGUUCACACGCUAUGUUAGCAAAGUGGAUUCCACCAAACGAGAGAAGUCGGAUGGGAGCAGCUGUAUAUGCCGGAGCCCAAUUCGGCACAGUAAUCUCCAUGCCUCUAUCUGGUCUUCUCUCGGCCUACGGGUUCGCUGGUGGCUGGCCUUCCAUAUUCUACGUAUUUGGUCUGAUCGGGACCGUCUGGUGUAUUGCCUUUCUGCUCUUCGUGUCUGAGGACCCUGAACAGUGUCCCAGGAUCAAAGAAGCUGAGAAGAAAUACAUUUUGAACUCUUUGUGGGGUGCUGCUGGAUCUAGUUCACCACCAAUCCCAUGGAAGAAGAUCCUGAUGUCCAUGCCCUUCUGGGCUAUAAUGUUGGCGCACAUGGGACAGAACUACGGCUAUGAGACCUUGAUGACAGAGCUGCCAACCUUUAUGCGACAAGUGUUACACUUUUCUAUCAAAGAUAACGGUUUUGUAUCAGCUCUGCCCUACCUAUGUAUGUGGCUUUUCUCAAUGUUCAUCUCCGUGGUGGCUGACUGGAUGUUGUCCAGCGGGCGAUUCAACCACACGCAAGUCAGGAAGAUCAUUAACAGUAUUGGUGAAUACGGUCCAGCAAUAGGUCUAUUCAUCGCUGCAAACACGGGCUGCAACCCCUCCGCGACCGUCGCUAUUCUCGCCAUUGGUGUUGGCCUAAACGGUGGUAUCUACUCAGGAUUCAAGGUGAACCAUUUGGACAUAUCGCCUCGUUUCGCGGGUAUUCUGAUGGCAUUUACAAACUGCUUGGCCAACCUAACGGGAUUGCUUGCACCCAUCAUCGCUGGAUAUAUCAUUGAUGGAAACCCAUCACAAGCCCAAUGGAGAAUAGUAUUCUACAUCGCAGGCGGUGUUUAUAUAUUCUGUGCAACAUUCUACAACUUAUUCAGCUCUGGACGGCGGCAGGACUGGGACAAUCCUGCUGAUGACGACGCUAACGCGAAAAAAGCAGCGGAAAAGAAAGCACGGAAAUUAGAAAGGAAAAAUGCUAGUUACGAAAACACAGCUGAGACCGCGCAGUAGAAUAGUUCCAAUUUUCCAAACGCUCGGCGAACGCAACUGGUAAAUAAUAAUUUUUUGACAGCUCUCAAUUUGUCGUUGUCAGUUUAUUGGCGGCAAACUCCUAUAUUUCACACACAAUUCAAAAAACAAACCGAUAUGUUCGCCUCGAGCUGAAAAUUGAAAUGAUACGAGUUUCAAAGAUGCUUUUUAUGAGACUGUACGAAUAAUUCUACAAAUUUAGUACAAUGUGAAAUUAUAUUACAAAUUUGACACCGAUUUUAAAGUAAAGAAAUGCUAAUGGUUAUUUCGUUGUGAAAUUUUAAAUUGAAGAAACCUAAUUUAUUUUAUUUAUGGUUUAUGUUGAAUACAGUCUGUGUUGUAAACAACAAGAAGACGCACAUCAAUGAGGCUGUGAUAUUAUCUUGUGAGGUCCUUUGAGCUCGUAUCAUCAUGUUAAAUAUUUAUAAUAAAAUGUUAGUUUAUUAACUACCAUAGAAGUAUUGUAUCGCUUGAAUGAAAAAUAUUAAGGUGAAUGUGAUGAAUUCGUUUGGUGAAAUUCGGGAAAGUUUAGAGUGGUCUUGUUGCAUUAAAAAAACGUUUUCUACAAUACUCACGACAAAUUUCAAUCCAUAGUAUCACAUUUAGAAUAUUCAAAAUAUUUUUCUAUGCUCCGUGCAUCUUAAAGAUAAAAUAUAUUCUUAUGAUACCAAAUAAUUGUAUCUAAAUGUAUUAAUGACAGAAAAAUCCCGUUUUUCUUUCAAACUUUUAUUCUAUAAGUAUUUAUAUUGUGACGACAUAAGGGUCCAAAUGUUUGUAUAAAUGUUACCGUCCAAGCCAGUGAUUUCUCACAAUCCUCGCAAUACAAUGAUCAUAAACAGGGUGCAUUUCACGAAAUGGUAAGCUAAGCUAUAAUAAUCUAUUAUAUUUACAUUUGCGACAUUGCGAAACCAUCUGCGUAUAUAUUACGAGUAGGUACAUUCAUCCGCAAUCCGCAUUGUGAAAUGCACAGUAGUUGAGAACGUAUCAUAUUAUAUAUGCAAAUUUAUUGCAGCAUCUCGAAUAACAAAAGACCUAAACAAAACCAAAUCUAAAGAAUGUUUUAUUAAUUUUACGUCCCCGAUAAGCACGCAUCGUUAUUCUGGUUUUUGACAAAAUAGAUAUAAAAAAAUAUUCUUUAGUUUGAUUGUGCCAAACGGUAAUAAUGAAUUUGUUUUUAUUACAAUGUUAUGCGAAUUAUAUAAGUAAAUGAUGCAAAGCUAAGCAAUUAUUGUAAGACAAAUUUUAAUUUUAGUUUUAUGUAACUUGCGGCGUUAUGCGUUGCAUGCUCGGAGCUGAUGUGAUCAUUUUAGAAUAUUGAGCUAAAAUAGCUUGAAGUGUUUUACCAUAGACAAUGUUUUGUAUUUAUAUUAUUGUAGGAUUAAAUGUAGGACGACGAUAUUUAAUUCAGCCUAUAAAACCAAUGGUAUGAAACAUGCCAUUAUUCCAAUGUGAAUUAAAAAUUAUCUUAAAUAUAUUAUAUAAAAAUAAAGUGCCUCGUAACAUUGUUUCUAAAUAUCGGUGGAUUUUAUAAUAUUUACGUCCAGCCAAUAACCAAACUGUCCAUUAAAAUAGGCUUAUUGUAUUUAUUAAAAUAAAUUUUAUAUCAACAACCUUUUACAGCUUUUGAAAAAUAAAACGAGGUUAAUUAAUA